AUUACAAGCUACUUCCUGUGGCAUCUCCCUCUAUUCAAAACGUGAGAAAGCAGCAGUCACGUCUUUUGCGUUAGGGACACGCGACUUUUGGCGAUGGCUGUCUGGAAGGCACUAUCCUUCGUACUUUGUAUUAGUGUUUCCCAGGCGAAGCGCUCUGUGGUCUACCCAAGGAUCCUGGAAAGCAGGGAUUCCAAUGGACAUAAGGUCGUUUCUAUCAAUGACGAUAUCUCGCUGCGCUUAUCCCGAACCACCGUGUUCGCUCGACCCCUGACAUUUAUGUCCUAUGAGGGAGGUCAACUGAACAAAAAAGUGAUUAAUGUCGACCAUAUCGAGGACAAUCUCUACCGUGACCCUGAACAACAAGCUGCUAUUAUAAUACGAGAAACGUCUACUGGAACGGAGCUGCAAGGAAUGCUGAAGAAUAAAUUCAGGAUCAAAUCACUGCCGUUGGAACCGCGCGUCAGUGGGCAGGUGGCCCAUGUGUUGGAAGAAAUGGCAGUCGACGAAAACCUCGACGUGUUAGAUCUCACCGACGCUACAGAUCACAUUGGUGACGACGAUCUUUCAGCAGGCGAGCCUGUCCCAGAUACAGUGUAUGCCGAAAUACUAGCUCUCUCCGAUCCAUCCCACAUGGUGGAUAUGACUGACUCUGAGUUAACGGAGUACUUGGCGGUCUAUUACACAGCGAUGAACAUGUUCUUUAUGCUAUUGACUGAGCCGAAAGUGGAGCUUCGUCUCGUCGGUAUACUUAAUUUAAGAGAGCAGCCGCCUUAUAUGGUUACAGCGAAAAAUGAACGCGGCAAAUGGGUUCUGGUUAUGGGGACAACGAAUUAUCACUUUACUCGAUACCUGAACAAGGAGCUGGAUCGCGAAAGACUCUACGAUGGCGUCGUAUGGAUGAGCUCCCUGGGGCUCGGAAAAAUUGUGAAUGGAACAGCAGUGACAACACUGGCAGGUGUAGCAUUCGGCAGGCUGUGCGGUGACAGCAGGCUCGUAAUGGUUCCUGAUUAUGAGUGGUACCAUCGGACACUUUACGUCACCGCUCACGAGAUCGGACACAUGGUUGGCGCUCAACACGAUAGCGCUGGCGAACUUCCCAUAUGCAAAGGUGUUCACGGCUACAUUAUGAGUGACGACGAUGGUAAGGGUCCAGAGAGAGUGCAAUUCUCUGAAUGCAGUCAAGUCUAUAUCAGGCAAUUCCUGAGCGAAGGCAUUGGCCCAAAAUGUUGGAAGACUAACUUCGACUACAGUGACGUCAUCAACCAAGGAGAAGAAAGCCGUGGACAACAGGAGUUCCUUAAUACAUACUGCAAUGGACGGCGUGCUCAUCUGGAGAUUGACACUGAUUCACGGUGCAUCUUAACAUGCUGCAAUCAAAGAAACAAGAAAAAGCCCAAGUGUAGCCCGGAGAUAACUCCAAACGGCACCAUCUGCGGCGACAAUAAGGUGUGCUUCAAUGAGGUAUGCGUGGAUAAAGAAGAAGCCGAGAGGUCCUAUCUGUGAGCUACGAGCGUCUAUCGCCCUGCCCGUUCUGUCAUGUUUCCUUGUACAACAAGACAGAUGACCAGUUCCAUGAGGUCUCUGGUUAUACCCACCAUGGCUGUGACAAGUAAACGGGAAUGUGACCAGGACGUCGGUGCGCUCCGGAUACGUCACUAUAUAGACGUCAUUUUUUCGCAAAUCGCAGAAUCAUUCGUCAUGUAAUUAUAGUUACAAUAAAAACCGAGAAGUAUAUAAUA